UCCCUAGCCCGCGGGGCAUAUUUUUGUCCACGUCGUUGCGGCGCCCGCGGGGAGGUGUGGUGUCUCCUGCGCUGGGCGACCCGUGGCCGAAUUAGGCCUCACCUGUGGCUUACUUAGGCCUCGGGAGCGCAUCUCUCCAGCUGCCUUGACUGUAGAAAUGUUUUCGUUCAUUCCAUUCAUUCAUUCAGCCACCGUUCGUGCACAGCGUAUUUACUUCUCGCUAAUGUGUUCUGAAUGCAUCUUUAUGUGCCAGGCGGAGGAAAAGCCAGUCUCAGGUAUAAGGGACCACUGUUAGAAGAGCAAGCCCUUACCAAGGCAGCUGAGGGUGGACUAUCUUCACCUGAAUUUUCAGAGCUCUGUGUUUGGUUAGGCUCUCAAAUAAAAUCAUUAUGCAACUUGGAAGAAAGUAUCACUUCAGCUGGGAGAGAUGAUCUAGAAAGCUUCCAGCUUGAGAUAAGUGGUUUUUUAAAAGAAAUGGCAUGUCCAUAUUCUGUACUCAUAUCAGGAGAUAUUAAAGAGCGUUUAAAAAAGAAGGAUGACUGCUUGAAACUUCUAUUAUUUUUAAGUACAGAGCUUCAAGCUUUACAGAUAUUACAGAACAAGAAACGUAAAAAUUCUCAAUUAGAUAAAAACAGUGAAAUUUAUCAGGAAGUUCAAGCUAUCUGUGAUACCCUUGGUGUUCCCAACUCAGCAACUUCUGACAUUCCACUUAUGUUAAACCAAGUGGAGUCAAAGGUGAAAGAUAUUCUCGCAAAAGUCCAGAAAAAUCAUGUGGGAAAACCACUGUUGAAAAUGGACUUAAAUCUGGAACAAACAAAACAACUGGAAAGAAUCAAUGAUGCUCUUUCCUGUGAAUAUGAGUGCCGUCGGCGGAUGUUGAUGAAGCGAUUGGAUGUAACAGUGCAGUCCUUUGGAUGGUCUGAUAGAGCAAAGGUGAAAACAGAUGACAUAGCAAGAAUUUAUCAGCCUAAGCGUUAUGCUUUGUCACCCAAGACAACGAUUACAUUGGCACAUUUACUUGCUGCUCGUGAAGAUCUUCCAAGAUCAUUAGGACAGUAGUGGCUCUAGCCGGGA